GCCCAAUAGAUGUAUGUGCAAAUGCCUGAACGAAGUUCGUUUUUGACAUUACAUACAUGCAACUGCCAGCUUACCUUAUAGCCUUGUUUAGCUUGGCCCAGCUGAUUUGGGUGUUUCCUAUUUCCCUUUAGCAAGCUCUCGGGGACACAGUCAGUUAUCGCGUUCACCAUGUUUCUUCGGCGCAUCACAGCAACUUUUCCCUCUCCCAUAAGAUGUUUCAGCAGUAACGGCGGCCAUGAUCUUACUGCUGCGAUUGCAGAGCUCAAUAAGGAAAUGGAGUCAGUGUUCGGCCAACCUCCUCCGAUUAACCUCGCUGGCUCUGUCAACAACUUGUCUACUACCGAAGAACCUCAGUUGGUUUCUCCAGGAACUGACGAAAAUGAACAGCGCUUGACCCACAUUAGCAGUACAGGGGAAGCGCAGAUGGUGGAUGUUUCUUCCAAAGGAAUCAGCAAGAGAGUCGCCAUCGCUGGGUGCAAAGUUCUUCUGGGCUCUAAGAAGGUGUUCGAUUUGGUCUCUGCGAAUCAGGUGGCCAAGGGAGAUGUCCUUGGUGUGGCCAAGAUUGCAGGAAUUAGUGGGGCUAAACAGACUAGUAACCUUAUCCCACUGUGUCACAACAUCAGUCUGACUCAUGUCGGUGUGGACCUGACCAUGAAUGAGAAGGAUUUCAGUGUUGAGAUAGAAGGAGAAGCUGCUUCCACUGGGAAGACAGGUGUGGAGAUGGAAGCACUAACAGCUGUGACGAUUGCUGGUCUAACCGUGUAUGACAUGUGCAAGGCUGCUUCAAAGGACAUAGAGAUAACGGAUGUACGGCUCCUGCACAAAAGUGGUGGCAAAAGUGGGAGCUGGUCCAGGAAGCAGUGAAGCUGUAUACAGAGAAGAAGGAUAAUAUUCAAAGACCCAAUCGAAGGUGAGAUUUUGAUCUGUAUUGCGAGGUUCCAUGAUUUUUUCAAGCUUGUUAGGUUCUUUAGUCAUGAAAGCUCUUUCAGUUUUAAUACCAUCUCUUGGGCCUCGGAGGAGAGCU